GGAAAAAAUGGUGACAGACGUGCAGCUGGCCAUAUUUGCCAACAUGCUUGGCGUGUCCUUGUUCCUGCUGGUUGUGUUGUACCACUACGUCGCCGUGAAUAACCCCAAGAAGCAGGAGUAGAGUCCCCCAGUAUGAUUGGAGAGGUGAGAUGGGAGUCAAAGCCACCACCUUGGAAACAACAACAUUCCCCUCAUCCAGUCCCUUUUCCAAGAAAUUAAUUUCUAUGUUUGCACAGUAGUGUUUUUUUCUAAUAAAAAUGUUUGAAUUCCA